AUGGUGAUAUUUUUGGUGCACCCACGUUCAGAAUAUGUGCUGCAAAGCGAUUUGAGUGUCCAGAAGAAAAAAGACCUGAAGCUGUGCCGACAAGGAGCAAUCCCUGAAGACUUCCACCCAUGGUACAAGCAGCUGCCAACAUCAAGUACUGCCGAAGAUUAUGCCGAGAAUCAUUCAGAAGAAGAGGGAGAUCAACAAGAUGAU